GAUACUUAUAUAAGUGAAGGUAAAACUUGAGUCUAGUGCAUUUGCUCUUUAAUGGUCGGACGAAAUGGGCGCUCUGGAAUUUUCAUUGUUGCUCGUAUUUGCCACUUUUGUGGCGGGUUCUCCGCUUCCUAAAGCAACAACCUGUGGUUACGAUGCCUGUCCAGUUCCCAAUCCCGACUUGAUCAACGUGCAUUUGUUUCCGCACACGCACGACGACGUUGGCUGGCUCAAAACGGUGGACCAAUAUUAUUACGGUCACAAAAACGACAUCCAAACUGCAGGCGUUCAAUAUAUCCUCGAUUCUGUUGUGAAUGAACUUCCGAAAAAUCCAGACAGAAGAUUCAUUUACGUUGAGACUGCCUAUUUGAGGCAAUGGUGGAACCAGCAGACGCAAGAAAGCAAAGAAAAGAUUGAAGCUCUCGUAGCAUCGGGCCAAUUGGAAAUUAUCAGCGGUGGAUGGUCAAUGCACGAUGAAGCAGUGACCCAUUAUCACUCCAUCAUAGACCAAUUUACAUGGGGAUUUAAAAACAUUGACGACAUGUUUAAUACAACUUGCGCUCGUCCGCACGUCGGAUGGCAAAUCGACCCCUUUGGCCACGCAAGAGAAACGGCCUCAAUUAUGUCCCAGAUGGGCUUUGACGGACUUUUCUUUGCCAGACUGGACGAGGCGGAUAAAAUUAACAGAUACAAAAAUAAGGAGCUGGAAAUUGUUUGGAAGGCCAGCGCAAAUCUCGGCUCAGCUGCCAGUCUUUUCACGGUCGCUUUUCACGAUUAUUACCACGCACCUGAAGGUUAUUGUUUUGACGUAAUUUGCGAUGAUGACCCAAUAAUUGACGACGUGAGAAGUCCAGAUUACAAUGUCGAUGCAAGAGUUCAGGAUUUCAUCGACUAUAUCGAAAGGCAAAUCCAGUAUUUUAAAACAAACAACAUUCUCGUGCCGAUGGGCCAAGACUUCAGUUAUCAACAAGCCAGCUAUUGGUUUAAUAACAUCGACCGACUCAUUAAAUACGUGAAUGAGAGACAAUCGACUGGCUCAAGGGUCAAUUUAAUGUACUCCACGCCAUCGUGUUACUUGAAAGCCUUGCAAAAUGCCGAUCUCAGCUGGAAGACUAAGGAGGACGACUUUUUCCCUUAUUCGAGCGACGAUUACAGUUACUGGACCGGAUAUUACACCUCCAGACCGACGCUGAAAUACAUGGAAAGGAAAGGAAAUAAUUUUCUACAAAUUUGCAAGCAACUGAGCGUUUUGGCCGAUCUACGAGAGGAAAAUUGGGAGGAUUUGGCCUCUUUGCGCGAGGCUAUGGGAAUAAUGCAGCACCACGAUGCCAUCACCGGCACUGAAAAGCAACACGUUGCCGAAGAUUAUGCUUUGAGGCUGCACAGGAGCAUGGAACAUUGUCACGUCACAACCGACAAAGCUCUCAAUAAAAUUGCGAGCAAGGGUGUGCAGGAAAAUUUGGAAUUCAAGUCAUGCCUCUACUCGAAUGUCAGCCAGUGCGAUAUAUCAGAAAAUAGCGACAAAUUUGUAGUAACCCUUUACAACCCUUUGGCACAAGCGUCGACUUUGUACGUUCGACUGCCUGUUUUGGAUUUCGUUUACGAAGUUCGCGAUGACACUGAUACACUAAUCACCGAAACACAAAUGUUGAGAAUUCCGACGCCGAUUUUAACUUUGCCUGGACGAGCGAGUAUUGCAACUCAGGAGCUGGUUUUUAGGGCGACUGAUAUUCCUCCGUUGGGCUACAAAUCCUAUCACGUCACCAAAACAGCAGCAGCUUCUGCUCCUGCAAUGCCAACUAAUGAUUUCGUUAUUAAUAAUGAUGUGAUCGAAGUCACUUUUAACCCCGAAACUCAUAAAUUGGAAAGCGUGAAGGAUAUUCAAAAAGACAAAACUUACUCGCUCAGCCACGACUUCCAGUAUUAUGAGGGUGUGGAAGGAGAUAAUUCUGUGGCGAGCGCACGUGCAUCUGGAGCUUAUAUUUUCAGACCUGUCAAUCAUCAGAAAAAACCGAUCACCAACAACCCACCCGCCACUGAAACUUACAAAGGUCCAUUGGUUAACGAAAUCCACCAAGUUUGGAAUGAAUGGGUCAGCUCAGUCGUCAGGAUUUACAACGGAUACAACGAUAUCGAAAUUGAAUGGACAGUCGGGCCGAUUCCCAUUGACGAUGAUAUUGGAAAAGAAAUUGUGACUGUUUACACUGUUGGCGGAUGGGAAACAAAUGGAAAAUUCUUCACGGACUCGAACGGACGCGAAAUUCUGGAGCGUAAUCGCAACCUUAGACCAACCUGGGACUUCGACCCCUCCUUUGAACCUGUCGCCGGAAAUUAUUAUCCAGUAACGACGACCAUCUCUCUGAGAAAUUUCGCCGCGGACUCUGCAGGCGAGGAAUUCGCAGUUCUCACCGAUCGUGCUCAGGGUGGUUCCAGUAUUGAAAAUGGAACGUUAGAAGUCAUGUUGCACCGCCGACUAUUGUUUGACGACGGCAAAGGCGUGUACGAAGCCUUAAACGAGACUGCUUUCGACAAAGGCCUGGUUGCGCGAGGAAAGCAAAUUCUGUUGUUCGGCCAAACUCAGACAAGCCCCACUUCAAUUUAUUUGCAAAGACUGAUAUCCAGGGAAAAUAUGGUGCUCGCACCGUGGGUCUUUCUCACUCCGACCAUUCUAAGUAGUUCAGAGUGGAUUUCCAAGUACAACACUCUGUAUUCGGGACUGAAGAAAGAAGUUCCCGGCAAUGUGAAUAUCCUCACGCUCGAGCCGUGGGACGGAGAUAAAAUUUUGGUUCGUGUCGAGAAUUUCAUGGAGCAAAAUGACGACCCUGAACUUUCACAAACUGCAUAUUUGCCCAUACAAGGGUUAAUCGACAGAAUAACUGAUAACUUGGAAAUCCGCGAAACCGUCCUGGGGGCCAACCAGUGGCUCGAAGAUAGCGUCAGGUUGGAAUUCAAAGUUGAGGGAGAGGACGGAAGUCAGCAACUUCCUCGGCCGGAGCCGGAUGAGUUCAAGACAAACAUCACGCUAAAUCCUAUGCAAAUCCGCACAUUCAUUGUUCAGCCACCAACCGGUGGCGCAAACACCAUUGCCCCGAGCGUGUUCAGCUUUGUGUCUAUUUUUGCACUAACUCUGUGGAAAAAUUUGGCCCAAUAUUAAAUUCAAUCCAAAAGUUAACUGUUUUUAAUAAAAUCUACUAAAAGUGUUCAAUGUAAAAAAUUAUGUAACAAUGCGAAAAAAAAUAAACAACAGAAAAUUAUAUCACCU